AUGCCGACAUUCUACACCAGGGAUCAGGUGGCGGAGCACAACAAGAAGAAGAGUGGCUGGCUCAUCAUCAAUAACGGCGUGUACGAUGUGAGCGAUUUCUACGACGACCACCCUGGAGGUCGCGACAUUCUUCUCGCUCACAUCGGCACCGAUGCCACGGAGGGCUUCGAGGCGGUAAACCACAGCAAGGGAGCCGUGCGCAAGCUAGACAAGCUCAAGGUUGGAGAGCUGCCCGAAAACGAGCGUCGCCGCUACAUCUCCAUGGAACAGGUCGCUGCGAAAAAGUCGGCUGACAGUGCGUGGUUUGUCAUCAAUAACAAGGUGUACGAUGUCACCCCGUUUCUGGACCUGCAUCCCGGUGGCCGCGACAUCUUGCUCUACAACGCCGGCGGCGACGCGACGCAGGCCUUCACGGACAACGGGCACAGCGAUACUGCGUAUGAAAUGAUGGGCAAGUACGUCGUUGGCGAUGUGGAGCCGAGUGAGCGUAAGACGCUCGUCAACCGGAAGGCCACACGCACGACGCAGGCAGCUACGACGGAGAUGGUUUGCGUGAAGAGCGAGAACGCAUCCCUUCUUGCCCACAUUCAAGAGCAGCUGAAGCUGCUCAUGGCUCUGGCGCUAUUCGUCAUCGCGGGCGUCUUCCUUCUCAGCUAG